GGACUUCCUGCCCCGUGGAUCGGGAAUCGUCACCCGACGCCCCUUGGUUCUGCAACUGGUUAAUGCCACGACGGAAUAUGGCGAAUUCCUGCACUGCAAAGGGAAGAAGUUCAUGGACUUUGAGGAGAUACGUAUGGAGAUCGAAAGCGAGACCGACAGAGUCACCGGCUCCAACAAGGGCAUCUCCUCCGUCCCGAUCAACCUGCGGGUUUAUUCCCCCCAUGUCCUAAGCCUGACCUUAGUGGAUCUUCCUGGGAUGACCAAGGUUCCAGUUGGAGACCAGCCAGUAGACAUCGAGUUCCAGAUCCGUGACAUGUUGAUGCAGUUUGUCACCAAAGAAAACUGCCUUAUCCUUGCGGUCUCUCCAGCCAACAGCGAUCUGGCCAACUCCGAUGCUCUUAAGAUUGCCAAAGAAGUUGACCCUCAAGGCCAACGUACCAUUGGGGUCAUCACCAAAUUGGACCUCAUGGAUGAAGGAACUGAUGCCCGAGAUGUUCUGGAGAACAAGCUGCUUCCAUUAAGGAGAGGUUACAUCGGAGUGGUGAACCGUAGCCAGAAGGACAUCGAUGGGAAGAAGGACAUCCAAGCGGCUUUAGCGGCCGAACGCAAGUUCUUCCUCUCCCAUCCGGCGUACCGGCACAUGGCUGACCGUAUGGGCACUCCCUACUUGCAGAAAACUUUGAAUCAGCAACUGACCAAUCACAUCCGCGAAACACUCCCAGGGCUGAGGAACAAGCUCCAGUGUCAGCUGCUAUCUAUUGAGAAAGAAGUAGAAGAAUACAAGAAUUUCCGUCCGGAUGAUCCAGCCCGCAAAACCAAAGCUUUGCUCCAGAUGGUCCAGCAAUUUUCUGUGGACUUUGAGAAACGCAUCGAAGGUUCUGGAGAUCAGAUCGAUACCUAUGAACUCUCCGGUGGUGCUCGGAUCAAUCGUAUCUUUCAUGAACGGUUCCCAUUUGAGCUUGUGAAGAUGGAAUUUGACGAGAAAGAACUCCGAAGAGAGAUCAGCUACGCGAUUAAGAACAUCCACGGUAUCAGAACUGGUCUCUUCACGCCUGACAUGGCUUUUGAGACCAUCGUGAAGAAGCAAGUCAAGAAGAUUAAAGAGCCUUGCGUGAAAUGCGUGGACAUGGUCAUUUCGGAGUUAAUCAAUACGGUUAGACAGUGCACCAAGAAG